AUGGUUUCAUCGGGCUUGCUUCCCGCAAAAGCGCAUAAACGGGAGCAAGGCGUCCAGGUCAACCUUAUCGCAGUGCCCGACGGCGCCUCCACGCCAGGAACGGCCUCUCCUCCGAACGAGCCAGUGUCAAAAUUUGAACUAGUCACCUGGAAUGGACCCCAUGAUCCCGAAAAUCCGCAGAAUUGGGCACGACGUGAAAAACUGCUGCGAUCCUUUGCACCAUUGGCCGUCAUCUUCUCCAUCUCAUUCUGUUCGAGUAUUUUCGGGUCCGCCACCAGCGUCACAGCCCACCAAUAUGGCGUGUCGGAAGAAGUCAUGAAAGUAGUAGGUAACCUGCCUGUCAUGGUGGUUGCAUUAGCCGGAUGUGGAGUCUUUCAAAUCCCACUUGCACUAGCCCGCAACGUCACCACAAUCCUAGUUUCUCGAUUUCUGGCAGGCAUGCUAGGGAGUGGCGGUCUCGCCGUUGGAUCGGGAUUGUUGGCCGAUAUCUUCGGCCCGAUCACGCGGGGAAUUGCUGUCGGGACAUCCGCUUCAAUCAUGAACCUAGGUUCGACUAUUAGUCCAAUUGUCGGAGCCUACAUCGUCGACAGAUACGACUGGCGCUGGACAGCAUGGACAUCUCUGAUCCUCUGCGGGGUGGUCGGACUCCUCUGCAUCGCACUCUUGCGAGAAUCCUCGCACAAUCGCCUGCUCAUGCGUCGGGCAGCCUAUCUGCGCCACGAAACAGGUAACCCGAACUAUCGAGCACAAGCAGAAAUGGCUUCCCUGAAUCCGCAAGUCCUCCUUCGCAAAUACUGCACAAAGCCCGUUCGCAUGUUCUGCCAAGAACCCAUUCUCAUCGUGAUGACAACCUACCUAACCCUGGUCUACGGCACGCUGUACCUCUCGUAUCAGUUAUUCCCGCGGGCAUUUCGAAUGCGUGGCUGGAGCGUGCCUACUGCCACUCUCCCAUUUACGGCUGUUGGUCUGGGCGUAUUGUCUGCCUUGGGAGUUUUCUCGUUUUUCACAAUGACCUGGUACAAGCGGCGAUGGGUACUUGCUCAAAAGGCAGCGGUAGAUGGUGUCCCAGCCCGCGUGCCUCCUGAAGAUAGACUGCCGCCGAUGAUAUUGGGAGCCGUAUUACUUCCACCGAGUCUGCUUUGGUUUGGCUGGAGUGGGGGUACGCAUUGGGUUGCGCAGGUGAUUGCCUGCUUCUUCAUCGGACUGUCUCUACAGCUCAUUUUUAUCACGGGUAUCGCGUAUAUUGUUGACGUUUAUUUGUUGAACACGGUCUCGGCCAUUAGUAUUCACGUCAUGGUGCGAAGCCUUGUGUCUGCGUCGUUUCCUUUAUUUGAGGGCCCGAUGUAUGGCACAUUGCACAUAAAUUGGUCGGCUACAUUGCUGGCUUGUUUAUCUGCAUGCAUUAUGGCUUCGCCGAUCAUUUUUAGAAUCCAUGGCCCUCAGAUCCGGAGCUGGAGUCGGUUUUCAGUGGGCGGAAUAUAG